UCACGAGCUAUACAUAUCGGCCUAAUACGUUGUUUUUCUUCUCUGUUAAGCUAAGGAAUAGCGACAAAACAACUAGGACAGGUCGUCGUUAAAGGGUAAUCAGAAUGCGAGACCGCCUUCAUAUGGGCAAAUAUCGCUUAUUAGCGCAGGUUGAAUAGGGCAAACGGUCUGCCAGCGGUUAAUGCUUCGGUUGCUGCUGUUCCAAACGGAAACAUGUUAGGAACAUUGAGAAAAAACUUACUUAGAUUUUUGAUAAAUAUUGUUUUACGUUCUAUUAUAAAUAGUAUAAUAUUAACGUAACUAUAAUGGCUCCGUUCGACUCUCACGGUACGCCGGCAGCUCAAGCAGCUCUUAUAGCCCAGCACCACUCACCUUUGUUCUCGAAAUAGCUAGAAAUGAUUAUUGGAAUCAUUACGAUUAGCCCAACAUAUGAGCUGCGUUUGCGUCAGUCCUGUGCAGGUGUUUCAUUUCUUUGUUCUUUUGGCCAUCCUGUUUGUUUAUCCUUGCUAAAUCGUGACACUCUAAAAUAAGCGAAAGAAGCCCUAUUAUAAAAUCAUAAAUUCAAUACGACCCCGAGCGUCCGCCCCCCACCUAAGCCCUUGAAAGAGAACAAUGUCGAAAGGCCUCUGUGGCGCAAUUCUCGCGCAACCCAGACCAACGUUUAUCAAUCCCGCCAUUCUAUUCUAUGCUAUUCAACGGUGAAACGUUUUUACGCGCAUACACGCUGCGCUCCGAUCAACUGACUGACCAACGCGCUGAUUUGCUGACGCUAAACUGUAGUGCGCAACUAGAUAUGUCAACAUGCCUGCGAUGAUGUCUUCCUUAUUUGCUGCGCGUAUGUAGCUUUUACUCCUCCUGUUGCAAUGGAUGUCAGUCUGGUCGGUCCCUGCAUUUAGCUGUUACUGGUAUUGCUGUUGCUUUUUCAGUUGCUUCAGAGCGUUGAAGGUCUUGGCUCUGGUCGCCAGCUUCGUUCGUUUGGCGUCAGCUCUUAUUAUUCGAUACACUCAACCGUCCGUCCCUAUAUUCAUGUGUACAGCUGCAGAAGAGCGCUGUAGCCUGAACCUGAGCAAUGGCGGUCACACUUCGCCAGCACACAAAGAACUGGGUCACCCUUCGCUGCGCGAGCCGUCUUGACGUCUCAGCAGCGAGCCAUACUCUGUUGUCGUACGAUGUAAUAUGUCUAUGAUAUAUCUGGUCGGUGUGAGUAAGAGUCUACCCAGGCUACUAACCGGCGUCAACUGCUAAACCCUUCGAUCAACGAACCGAAGAGGCAGGCAAGCAUCGUCUCAGCAAUGGCGCGGCGGACCGGUCCAUGCAUUAGCACUUCAGAAUAGCUUCGUCCUUUCAGCCGUGUUCCCUGCUGUCGCUGAUACUGUGUAUGAAGAACAGUCAUCGUCGUCGUCGUGUGCUGUUUCUUGUCUGCUUGGUCCAGCCACCGUUGCUUGCCGAUAGCGACGCACUUCUGCGUCUCGCGGCCCGUGCUAACUGCUGUCCGUAUAGGGCAUCAAACGUAAAUGAAGGCAAGUGCCGGCUCCGCGGCGUGACGGUGAGGGCCUCAUGUGCAUGUAACGUGAACGAGGAGCGCGAGCCUUUUUUGCUGUUGGCAGUAAGACUUUUUUGCGCCGGUUAUCGUCCCGACACGAGUUGUCAGGGUAACGCCAACAGAAGUACUUGCUGUAGGAAAAUUGCUACCAGUUACCGCAUAGUUAUAGUGGUGAGAAAGAACUUGGGGUUUGUCGCCGCUGCUGCCGUUGUUGUUUGCUGUUGGUGAAAUGUUCUGCGUAAAGCGUCAGCGCCAAUACUAGCCAACCCGAAGCAGCGAAACGCUCACUGGGAAAGUGAACGGCAUCGAAUUGGCCACCGUUCCUUCAUCGACAACUUCGCUGCUGCCACUAGCGAUCAUCCACGGCGGAGCAGCCCGGGACUCUCCAUAGCGGGAACGUUGUUGUUGCCACGGCUAGCAGAGGAAAGUACCGAUUGCUGCUAAAUUCGUAACGGCGAUUUCAAGCUCAACCGCUGACUGCUACGCUAAUCGAAACUUAGUUGGCCAGCCAACAGUCUUUGGCAGCAAACGCCAUGAUAUCAUAUUGUUAAAGUUGUUUCGCUGCUCCUAGCCUAGCAAACCCUAGUUUCCUUGCUGUGUUGGAUGUAUUAUAUAAAAGUAGUGAAGAGAAGUGUGUGCCUCUUUAUUCAAUUGAGAGCAACGGUCUACCUGGAAAAGGUUUGAGAAGGUAAGCACGCCAGGGAUUACAGAUGGCAAAAGGAUCUAAAAAGUUUGUAAACAUACAGUGUUGAGGUCUCUGAAAAUCUUGUGACAAGGGCCUUGAUAUGAUUGGUAACGCUGGUCCAGGCAGCUUGCUACAGUGAAUGGGCACCCGCUCCUCUGGGCUAACCGGAAUUGACGCGGAAAAGAAGAUCCUACUGCCAGUACCAACUAACGGAUCGGUCUUCGCCCGGAAGUUGGGACAAUUGCUCCGGGGAUAACAUAUGAUCAGAUAUUGUCCGACUUUAAUGCAAUCAGCGUAAGGGGACCGAAUGGGUUACAAUGAGUGGUUCUCAACACCUUUGUCGAGGGUAUGAAGACAGUGAGCAAAGAAAGCUUCGCAAAACUAAUACUACAGCUGCUGCUUUCUGUAGCGCCAGCAGCAAUCGAACUCUAGCGGCAGAAGGCUUGUACGUAUUGCAGCCGGCGGACGAAGAUACGAGGAGAUCAAACAAGCCCCUGUUGCGACGCUGAUAGAAUUGCCGCAGCUAUCUCAGGCUUAGCAUGAGCAAAUACUGGAAUACUGCAGGGAGUAAUAUGAAGUUAUGCGAAAUUUGUUGUAGAGCUGCAGCUGCGCGCAAACGAACCUCUACUUAAGUUACUAGUGACUUUUCAAAUUAUUAUUAUAGUAUUAUAUAGUAUGUACAGUAUCAUACAAUGUAACAUUAAGCUUCAGGAGCUACAGGUGCAUUUCCAACAAAGGAAAGUGAAGACAUCAUGUUUGUGUAUAAUAAGAUAAUCCAGACUGUUUGAGACAAUUGUGAAGAUGGUCCUAUACGUUCAUCAAUAAUCAAUCGCAACUACAUCGUGUCGAAAGAUCGUGUUUUCUCAAUAUUGCCAACGUUCUGGAUCGAUCAUUGAUCGCCUGUUUAAUAGUGCUUGGUAAACAAAUUUCUUUCUCUCGAUAACGGCGGUGUCGUAAUCCAAUAUGUGGAAUCGUGCUGCUCGUCACCAAGUUCCCAGAAAUGUCCAGGUUUAACCAACCGUAGUACCCGGAUCUUGUUGGGACUUUUAGCCGGUAACCAUAGCGUUCCGCAGUGAGAAGGUACGAUUAAUAUCAGUCAGCCCGAAGGCUAACCAAGCUGGUCAGGCUUUUCGUUCGUGAAUCAGUGUUGAUCGGAUAAGGCUGGUAAUCCCGAGUGCUGUGUAUUAGCUGUGUCUGUUUGUCUGGAGUGGUAGAAACACUCUGACGUAUGCGGUUUUCGUUCAAACAUAGCAUCGGUAGUAAGGGUGAUACAUCGGGACUACCUGAAAUCGGCGCAUUUUCGUAAGAACUUUUAACGAGUUAUCUCAAAUUCUGUUGCGAUCGUGGGUGUGCGAGGAGACUCUGCUCUGGAGUAUUUAUAUCUGUGGCGUGAAAGAACUACUAUUUGUGGCUCGUCAAUUCUCAUUGUUCGCUGACAUCCUGACACGCCCUACGACGCUGACAGCGGAUUAAUUAAAACACUGAGCGCACCAUGUGCGACCUGCCAACCUCUGUGCGUGCCGUCGCUGAACGCGAACUCGGCGAGACGCCAUCCCGACGUCGCGCAGAACUAAAAAAUCUCCGCCGGUUAAUUGCUGAAGAAGAAGGGUUUAAUCCGCGACAGGAUGAUGCAUUUCUGCUACGAUUCCUUAGGUGCCGUAAAUACGACGCCGACAGAGCUUUCAAGGUUUUAAAAAAUUACUACAAGAUCCGAUCAAAUCAUCCACAUAUCUUCGGUGCGUUUCAUCCAUCCGCUCAGGAAGGUACAAUCAACCUAAACCUACAAACCAUCCUUCGCGGAAGGGAUCGUAAUGGCUGUGCUGUCUUCAUCUUCAAAGGUGGUUGCUGGGAUCCGAAAACAACAAAACCGGAAGACAUUUUCAAAGUCAACGUCAUGUUCCUCGAACAGAGCAUUCAGGAUCCUAUUACGCAGGUAAACGGUAUCUCUGCCAUAAUGGACAUGAAGCACUUUGGAUUGCUUCAACUUCGUCAUAGUCCGCCAGCACAUCUACAGAAGGUAGUACAACUUAUCCAGGACUGCUUUCCGGCUCGGUUCAAAGCUAUCCAUAUCGUUCACGAACCCGCCGUAUUCGGAAUUCUGUUUGGCAUCGUUAAAAGAUUUCUCAACACAAAGCUCCAGAAACGUAUUCACUUUCACGGUAGCAACUAUGAUUCACUCCACGAGCACGUUCCCGCAUCGGUGCUUCCUGAAGAGUAUGGCGGUGAGCUGCCAACAAUGAAUAACCAAGACUACUCAAAGGCCAUGUUUGCUCGCGAUGAUGAGUACAUAACUGACCUUCAAUACGGCUUUCAGAAAAGGGACGCAGGUUGCGUUGACUCGAUUGUGAAGGAUACGGUAAAAGAUCACAUAGCCGACAAUGUCGACAACAAAAAAAUACUUUCAGCGGCUACCACUGGGUAAAGGACAAGUGGUAGAAAUUAGAACACGAAUAUUUAUAUAAAUAUACUGUGUAUGCGUAACGGUGUCGCAACGAGAAAUGGCCAGAAAACUGUAUGGAAUAGAGUAAAGAAACGUUUGGUGUUCGUAUGGAGAAACGCAAAAGUUCAACAUGGCUAUAGAUUCAUUGUAGAGGGGGUGCCCAUUGCAAAUACACCCCAGCUGACAAUAUGCACUAUAUGUAUACACUAAGCUUGCGCUUGAUAUCUACUAUCGACGAGUAGAGAAAACACAUGCCACUCGGUGUUAACUUACUAUGGAUGCAAAAAUGAAGCGGAGAAUCAGCCUGAGAGCAACUUCCAAAAAGCCGCACAUUACAUGUACGAGAGAUAGAAAUUGCGUCAUUAUAAUAUUAGAUGGUUUCAGAAACAAAAACGUAGAACUUGUUGUCAUUGUAUUAGAUGCGACUGAAAACACACGAUAGGUACUUCGCCAGGUCUGUUGAAGGAUCGUUCUGCUGUUGUUGUUAUAUAUAUAUGAUGUUAAAUUAUUACUGAUCAUCGGUAACUUACUACUAACCUUCGUGGGAGUUGAGUGUCUGAUUUACGUUAAUGGGUGGUAGUUAAGUCCACAAUUUGUAUGUACAUAAUAAAUACUUAGGAACCAAAGGGAUGAGAUGAGACACCUUUACUAUAUAUUUGCACACGCACAUAUUUUUUUGUUAAACAGGAUGUCGCAAUAUAUAGCGAUAUCGGACACAGUAUGUGACAUUUGAAAUAGCUUCAAUAUGAAAAAUUACCGUAGUGAAGAUCAGCAACGAAGAUAAAUCUGUGAAGCGGUACAAAAUAUGAAGCAGAUGAA